AUGACGAAUUACAGUAACAGAAAAAAUAUAUCAUUGACAGAUCUUAGCCAGACGUUAGAAGGCGAGACAACUAUUCUCGAUAAAUUUCGGUACAUUGAAGGUCGUCGUUUUCAUAAUGUGCAGGAUGUUGUCUACUGUUUUCCAUGUGAUAAGCAAGAAAUAAAUUGCAUGGUGUUGUCGCAUAUCUUGUAUAAAAAUCAUUGGAAGAGUAAUUUUUCAUCGCCGAUUUAUGAAAGGCUAAAUUUUACGGGAACUAGAGUUCUUGAUGUUGGAUGUGGGUCAGGAAUAUGGACUAUCGAGAUGGCAAACGACUAUCCAAAAACUACAUUUCUUGGAAUAGACAUAUCUUCGGUCUUUCCGAUAGAAGACAGGCCUUGCAACGCGGGAUUCCUUGAACAUAACAUUCUCGAUGGAUUACCAUUUCCCGCAGCCACUUUUGAUUGUGUAUUUCAACGAAAUAUGUUUGCCGCAUACACGGACGCUAACUGGCUGAAUACUGUCGAAGAAUUAGUAAGAGUUACGAAACCGAAUGGAUUCAUAGAGUUUAUGGAAAAUGACAUAGAGUUUAGAAACCAAGGACCGGUGUCUCGAAGAAUUAAUAAUACUGAGAAUUCUCAAAAUAUCACAGAUGUUACACAUCAACAAAUAAAGAUGGCAGUUGGAGGCUGGGGAGGUGAAAAUGGAGAUAAGCUUCGCCGUAUUCUGGUCUCAAAUCUAGGAUCCUUAAAACCAAUGAUAAAACUCUCGCUUGGGAUUGAAGACACCGAAUGGGAAUCACUAGCACUAGAUUACAAUCUUGAAGUUGAGACAUAUAAAACGUAUAUCACAAGUCAUAGAAUAUAUGCGCGUAAAGGUACUUCUUGUAUCGUGCAAAUUCCUGUUGAUUAG